AAUGAGAGAGCAUUUUGACAUCACCUAGACCAGUGGUUCCUAGCCUGGCUGCUCAUUAUCUGGGAUACUUAGAUUGCUGGUGCCCCAGACCCCAUCUCUGGAGAUUCUCUUUUGAUUUGUCAAAGGAUGAGGGCUAGACAUUGUUUUUGUAAAAGCUCCCCUAGAGAUUCUAAGGUACAGCCAAGAUUGAGAAGCAUUUCCCUAGAACAGAGGUCUCAAGUUUUGGCACAUGUUAUAACCACUUGAGGAUCUUUGAAAAAAUACUGCUAACUGGGAUUAUGAUUUAAUUGACCCUGGGAUAAGUCUGGGCAUCGGGAUUUCUAAAAGCUUCCAAGAGCAUCUAAUGUGCAGCUCAGGAUGAGAACCAGUGCCCUAGACCAAGUACUUCAUUUCACAGAUGGGAACCUGAAGCCCAGAGAUGGGAAUGUAUUUGUCCAAGGUCACACAGCAAAUGAAUGAAUGCAGAGUAUUCCUUCUCUCACCUUACAGGGCACAAAGCACCAGACUCCUUUAAUUGUAUCGCUGAUCAUUUGCUUCCAUACAAAUGAUCUUAUUUGACCCUCUUAACUUAUGGUGAGGUACUGGGCAGUCAUUUACCCCCAUCUUACAGCUGAGGAUGUCAAGGAACAAAACUGUCCAGGUGACUUGCCCAAGGUAAAGGCAAGAACCUACAAUGCCCAGUUCCUGGUCCAGUGCUCUUUUAAGCCCAUCCAUUGUCACGUACACAUUCUAGAAUGAACAGGUCAAUGCCAUGAGCUGGGUUCCAGGUGUAAAAGGGAGGGACUAUGAGGUGACAUUCUAGAAGGGUGGGGAGGGUAGGACAGGAGGCAGACGACUGUUCCCUCACAAACAGGGGCUUUAGAGCAGCCAUGUCCUAUUUCACGUCUCCACAAACUCAUCCAGGUCUUCCGCCUUCUGGCCAAGGUGGGGCUUCGUCUCUGGGCUCAUCCCUUGGCCUCUAUAAUCCCGUAGAGCCAGUGGUCGUAGCCUCUGGUGGACAAGGCCCACUGAGCCAGAAGGCUGAGCAGGCGACACCCAUUGCCCAGGCCUGGGGCCUGGCCCUGGCAGUGCCAGAAGCCAGGGGCUGCCCUGGGGGGGCUAGCUGGGAGCCACUGCGGCGGAAGGAGUACAGCCGGUACUGCAACAAAUUCCCCCACGCGAGGCAGCCGGAGAGCCUGGGCUGGGAGGAUGGCUGCUCCAGAAGCAGAGCUCCCUACCUGGGCGGCCCCAGCAGGCCUGGGCCCCUGCUGCUGUGUGGGCCGCCCUCUGAGCCAGGAGGGAAGGAGGCCGGCUCCCAGCCCGACGUCUGCAUCCUUACCUUGGCCAUGAUGAUCGCUGGCAUCCCCACCGUGCCUGUCCCAGGCCUACGGGAAGAGGACCUGAUCCGGGCAGCUCAAGCUUUCAUGAUGGCCCAUCCAGAGCCAGCGGGGGCUGUGGAGGGGGCACAGCGGCCCUAGUGAGAUCCCAGAGGGGCCAGCCUCCUGGUUCCUGCUUGUAGCGGGAUGAAAUAGCACCAGACACAUAGGGUGGCUUCUCCGUAUGGUUUUUGGGCAGGCAGGGUUGGUGGUGUCUAUGGCAGGGAUGCGGAUAGGGUGGUGGUUUGAGCCACUCUGACAAACACCGGCCCAUCAGGGCCCAGACCCCAGGAAGUUUCCAGAAACCAUUAAGCCAGGCCAUAGGUCUUGUCAGAUUGGUUACAAUGAAAAUUACCAAGGUAGGAGGCCCUGCUUGGAGAGUGGAGGCUUCUUUUUGUACUGUUUUGGUACUCGAUCAAAAGUUCUUGUACAAAGCCCUAGGCAAGGUGACUUUUCCUCUUGCCUUUUGUUCCUGACCCUGCUGAGGGCAGGUGAUAGGACCACAGGCAGGGAAGGAAAAUUAACUCUUAUUUG